CUGUUUCUGUGUUAUUUAACGUGUUUUAUUUAAAAACGAAGAAAACACCCAAUUAGGAACACACAAAAUGUUCACACUUCGUGCAGCACUGCCCCGUGGCAAAAACGUUGCUGUGGCCCUUGGGAAUGCUGUGCGCCACAUUCCCCUUGCGCCGAGCUGCCGUUUCAGCGGAUCCGCAUGGAAAGCAGCGGUGGUGCCGCCACAGCAACAGAAUCUACAGUGCCGGUGGCUGUCGGACCAAGCCGCGGGAAAGGGCACUGAGACCGAGCCGCUGCAGCGUGUCUACUAUGGCACACUGGCUCCCCGUAUGAAAGUUGUAAAGUUCUUCUCGUUGAGCACCAGCCUGGCCGGCAUUGCCGCCCAGCCGAUUCUGCUCGAGCAAGGCAUGAAAAUUGGCGGCACCGGCAUGGCUGUGUUCCUGUGCACCAUUGGCGGUUUCUUCACGUUCGUGACGCCGCUGCUGUUGCAUUUCAUCACGAAGAAAUAUGUUACAGAGCUGCACUAUAAUCCCACUACCGAGGAGUAUACCGCCACAACGAUUUCCCUGCUGCUGCAAAAGAUCAAGACCAAGUUCCGACCCAGCGAUGUGACUGUACCCGAAGUGCCUGGCAUGUUCACCUCGUUUCUGGUGCACAAGCGGCCGCUGUUCAUCGAUCCGGCAUUGUUCGAGGACCCCGAGCACUAUGUGCGUAUCAUGGGCUACGACAAGCCAAUCGACUUCAAGCUGGACCAGCAGCCACCGAAGAGCCCCAGCCCCAAACAGCAAUAAGACCCGUCCCCCAACGGCAAAAAGUACAAAGAAACGUUUAUUACAAAAGUAAAGAAGUGAAGUCCUUUCAUAAG